AUGGGCAAACGCAAGAGUCCUGUAGACACCAUGGGUUACUCUCCGCCUAGUCCUCCUGAGUCGACUCUCGACACCGGUCGUCCAGUAACCAUCUCGAGCCCGGUUCAGAUCCCAAAGAAUGGCAAGCGUGUUACAUCGCACGCCCAGAAGCGCCUCUCGGGGACCCCCCGGCGGGUAUCAAGCCAGGCCCAUCUGGCAGGCAACAUUUCACCUUCUGUCGCCGCUCUUCUGGCCGUAACGGAUAUCCCCAAGAUGGGCUCCCAACGACGGAAGCGCAGGUCAGAGCAGCUUCUGACUGCCACCGAUAUUGUGGAUAGGCAGCAGAUGUCCGAGAAGGAGUUCAGCUGGAACAUGUCCCGUACGCCCAUGGAUGUGCUACUGUCGCCUCCCGAGGAGUUUGCCGAUGACAUGAGCAUUGCCGCGAGCGACUGCAACACAUGUUCUGCUCUGUCCACGAGGACCAUGUCUGUGGACUCACUACCAUCGCUCGGUGACUCAUUUGCGACCGACGGCAUUUCGUCUAUCGAAACCCCGGGCAGCCCGAGCUUGUCGAUGCGGAGGAGGAAGAUGAGCCCAAUGCGCCGUUCAUUGGAGCCUCUGCAGUCGCCUCCUGGAGAGGAUCUCGACCACCCACUUUCCAAGAAGCACUUCCAUCAGGAGGAGCCAGCCCUGGAGCCGCUGCCAGAGUCGAUUGAAGAGGAGUCAUCAACGAACCUUUUUGGACAAUUCAAGCCAUUCCGCUACGCUUUCAAAUCCAACCUCACAGCGUCUAUUCGAGCUCUACGGUCUGCUGCGAAGUCUUUCUCUGCGAUCAACUUCUCAUCAAUCCCUUCGGAUGAUUUUCUCACCCGCUCCCUUCUCACAAUUGACCCCAAUGUCCCUUAUGCGGAUGAGAGACGGCCUCCAGUCAUGGACGAUAUUCCUUCGGCCGAGGUACGACGAUAUCUCAACCCAACCACAUCACCUCGCGUUGAGACGCAUCCGGUGACCAUCCCACCCCCUCGCAAGUUUUCUGCAUCAAUUCAGAUGCAGACAUACAAGGUACAGCGGUCAAAGGUUAACUCGGGCCGCAAUAACUACCCACGAUCUUCACCGCAACAUGGUUCACUGAGCCAACCAGAGGAGAAACAAGCUUCUGACCCCGGACCACAAACCCCAGCCCCAGCAGUCCGCCAACGGGAGAUGCGUGAGAAUUCCGACUUCAUCCGCAUUGCAGUUAUGGAAAUGGCAAUGCGCAAGCGCGGCAAGCUGGACGACCAGACACCAGGACGCGCGCGCUGGGCACUCCCACCAAGAAAGUCAUCUACGGUAGCAUAUCAGAUCGGAGCCGACGGUGUGCCCGCGCGAUGGAUCGCCAUCACCUGCUAA